CCUUCCAAUGAAAAUCUCGUUAGACUCUUCUAUUUUCCGGGACGGGGGUUGCUAGAGUUUAGAAUGCGCAUGCGUUUAAUGAAUAUGUAUGAUAAGAAUUGGCGCCUUCUGUGGGAAGUAAUUCAGGAUGUUAGAACAGGAAAAAACGGAACUCUUUGAGAUCAGUGAUAUAAGUGAUACAUACAUGACCAAAGAUACAAGCAAAGAAAAAGAAUUACUUACAACAGUAGUAGAAGAAAGCUUUGGUCCCAGGAAAGAGCCUGAAGCCAACGUUGAAAGUCCAGUAAAAGGUAAUCAGCAGGAAGCAGCAGUACCUUUAGAAUUUCCAGUGUAUCAUCAAGCACUUCCAGAAGGAUGGGAGAAGAUAAUAAAGCAAAGACGAAAUGGUAGAACUGCAGGAAAAUAUGAUGUUUGCUUUGUCAGUCCUCAGGGACUGAAGUUCAGAUCCAAACGUGCUCUUUUGAAUUACUUUAAAGAGAACAGAGAAAUUAUUCUUACAGCAGAGGAUUUUGAUUUUACUGCAUCUGUUCAGAAGAAUACACAGUUCAGAACCCAAAGAUCUUCUACCAGAAAUGGAGGUACAGAAGUUGAGAGUUGCAUUUCUAGGAGUCCAGUUUCCCUCCCGGGAUUAGAAAACAGUGAAGGAGAUUAUAGACCUUCUCUACAAAAUAACUUGGAACUUCAAUCCAAUAUUAGAGAACCAGAAAAUCCUGCUACCUGUUUGCAGGAUGAGCCCACUACUGGAGAUAAUUCUAAGCGUUGUUUUUUCCAAAGUGAUAAAAGCAGUACUGUUACAAGGAAGAUUCAAAUUAGAAAACCUAAAAACUGUUUUGAAAUAAGGAAUUUCACUGAUGGUCAAAACAAAAUACAGAGCAUAUCAUCGUGUAAAGAACAGACAGAAAACAGUAAACAUGCCAUGCGUGAGAAUGACAUGUGUGUACUUAAUAGUGAUGCCAGUGACAACAAAGUAUGCCGAAGAAGCUCAAGGAAAAGGAAGAUAUGCUUUAAGGAUGAACUGUUGUUUGAACCAAAAACAGAGCAGAAUGACAAGCAGAUUGUAGCUUUCUUAAAACACCAGACAAGCAGGGAAAUGUUAGAAUGUAACGAGAGUUCUAGUAGCAGAGACACUGCAGCUGCUAAUAAAAACCUUUCAGUAGUGGAAAUGCAAAGAAACUGGAUGACUUCAGAGAGUCAAAGUGAACCGAGCGCUUCCACUACGGAUGUUGCUGUUCCCCAGAUGUGUGAGGAGGGACAUUUUACAGCAGUGAAAGAGAACCAUACUCAAAGAACCCAAGUGGAAAGGAGGAAAACCAGUCCAUAUUUUUCCAGAAAAUUAAUUAAAGGAGCUCCAAGUCCACCAAGAAGGAAAGCCUUUAGGAAAUGGACUCCACCUCGCUCUCCUUUUAAUCUGGUUCAGGAAACACUGUUCCAUGAUCCAUGGAAACUUCUGAUUGCAACCAUUUUUCUGAACAAAACCUCAGGAAAGAUGGCUAUCCCUGUGCUGUGGGAAUUUUUUAAGAAAUAUCCUUCACCAAAUGUAGCAAGAAUUGCCAACUGGAAAGAGAUGUCAGAAUUGCUUAAACCUCUUGGUCUAUAUGAACUCAGAGCAAAGACCAUUGUCAAAUUCUCAGGUGAAUAUUUGGUUAAGCAGUGGAAAUAUCCUAUUGAAUUACAUGGGAUUGGAAAAUACGGAAAUGAUUCUUAUAGAAUCUUCUGUGUCAAUGAAUGGAAAGAGGUACAGCCGCAAGACCAUAAACUGAACAUUUAUCAUUCCUGGCUGUGGGAAAAUCAUGAGAAAUUAAAUCUUAAUUAUUAGCUCUCUAUAAUCUCUUGGCAUCUCCUUUCUCAUUUUUAAACUGCUUUUUUUCCUAUCUCAUUUGGAUACUAUAAAUAUAAAUGUUCUUUUUAUAUGCCUGUUUAGAAUCUAUUAAAUGCC